UGCGUAUGUGUGUGUGUGUGUAUGUGUGUGUGUAACGGAUAAACAUGAAGUUAUCUGCUUGGUUCCUGUUAUGGGUCUUGCCAUUGCCUCUGGUCUCCUCGACCUUCAAUAGAGGUUCCUUCCAAAACGUAGUGGGCGGGGCCUCCGACUUCAUUCGCACUAAGGGUCCAGUGCUCAGGAGACCGAGACAGUCGAGAGACCUGAGAAACUGCACCAAGGAGGACCUGGAGCGAGACCCGAAGCAGUGCUGUUCCCACUGUCCUCCAGGUUACCAUAAACUAGAGAACUGUACGGGAAAUCUAUUCCGGUGUACCCCUUGCUCUGACGAUACCUACACUGCUAUCAGGAACUACAGAAAGGACUGCAUUCCGUGUAAAACGUGUGAUGAAAAAGUGUCAAAGGUGAUGGUGAGCGCGUGCACACGGACCUCUGACGUUGAGUGCGGUUGCAAGGAAGGAUACGCUCGGCGAAACACAUCUACAGACUUUUCCUGUAUGAAGGACGAAAAACCAAAGCCUGAAAAAAACCCCCCUCAUACUACAGCAGGUCCAAACCCCAUCGUCACACCGUAUGCAAACACCGACCAGUUGAUCAUCCCCAUGUUGCUUCUCUCUGUGGCAAUUCUGGUGCUUGGGGCAUUGAUCGCCCCAACAUUCUACAUCUGGACUCAACGUAGGGGCACACCUUGCUGCUGGUGUCUACAACUGUACUCCAAGCCCCCAAAGUCCAUGUACACAACUAUAACCAUGACACCAGAGGCACCAAACUCCACCUCCCCAGCCGAAAAAUCUUGUGUGAGGCACAGCGACCCGGUACCUGCGGUUUCCAGUUGCGCUGAGACAUCCCAGCAACCUGAGGAGAAAAAAGCCUGCAAGAUGUUGACACUCCCACCCAGACCUCAGCACACUCAACAUUCCAGGCUCGUCAACGCUGUUGAUGUCAAUUCCCUACGCUUAAAAAUGCAGAGACAAGACUCCCAGAGCGAGCGCUUCCCACCACCUGUGCUGUAUGCCAUCAUCCGGGAGGUGCCCGUGCGGCGCUGGAAGGAGUUCCUGCGGCUGCUGCAUGUUCCUGACGGCCAGAUGGAGCGGGUGGAGUUCGAGGCGGGACCAACCUACCUGGAGCGGCAGUACCAAAUGCUGCGGCUGUGGAGCCAGAGGGGUGGAUCGGAGCUGGCCGAGAUCUACGCCGCCUUGGACAGCAUGGAGUUGUCUGGCUGCGCCCAGGAGCUGAGGGACAAGCUGGAGCAGCUGGAGAAGGUCGACCCACGUGCGCAGACGCUCGACAUCGAGUCAUUGGACUGACCAGCGAGUCGCUAGGGCUGACGCCAUGCUCCUCCUGCCUUCCACAGACUCAACCGCAGAGACUCAAGGAGCUUUAAUUCAGUGUUCUCAAUCGGGGGAUCCUGUAGGCCAAAGUAAAGGGUGACGUGAUCGACGUGAUCUCAUCACAUCUGACAAUAUUCUGGACCUCCUCCUGGACGCAGUGAUUCCAGAUUACUCCUAUGUGGUGAUUCCAGAUUAUCCCUGUUCUCCACGAAACCCUACCAAACUUACAGAAUCUCUCUCAGCCCAUGACUGUGUUCAAAGGCAGAGUUCAGCAUUUUAAAUGAUGCUAAAUGGCAUCAUGUUAGUUGUGUUUCUUAACACGGAUGUUUUAUUUCUUACAUUUUAAUUACAAGAGAAAAUAAUCGAUGAGCUUGUCAGCUGAAUGUUUCUAUAGGGCAGAGUAAGAAAAACAAACCCGAUACCCACUUUACAAAGGUGCAUUCAUAGUAAAAUUAUCUAGCUGUUAAUCCGUAGAACAACAUUGUAACAUAUAUGUAUGGACUAUCUAUAUGUCUUGUGCGUAAUAUUUAUGUUUCAUCAGCACAGUACUGUAUAACCAUCAUGGCCUGGACUUCAGCCAGGUUAAGAGUUAUGUUCUCAGCGUUGCUCUAAGAAAGAAAUUUCGUAGAGCAGCUGGGUGCCGUUAUGCAGCCACUGUGGAGGAGAUGGGCCACCCGGUGCUGGUUGGAGGCUGGGAGAGUGGGCGGCACUCCAAAAUAUGUCAGAUUCAGUUUGUUUUCAGUCUCGGAACAAAGAUGGGAGCUUGAGAAAUAAAGGGUCAUGUUACCAAGGAUAUAAAAGGUAUCCUUUGUAACUUGUUCAAAGUUGUAAGCUGCAUUUGGUAAAAGCAUCAGCUGAGCUAUGUGAAAACAGUGGUAGUAAAAACAAUAAAAAUAAGUCAAAUAGUUUCGUAAAGUGUAGCAAAGAAGUAUGAUCAACUCCUGCGGGGAGAAAACGUCAAAUAAAAGGCAGCUUGUAAAUGUUUUUAAGAAGGCUUGUACAUAUUUAUUCAGCGAUAUUUAUUCUUCUAUAAGCCUGUCCUCUUCAAAUGAGCCAAUGGUGCGGAUUCAGUCUCAAAUACUAACAUCAGUCAAUUCAAAACCAUACCAGAAAUAAUGUAAGUGGUUGUAAAGCUUUGUGAGAAU